AUGGAAGCACGAUCCAUGGCUAAAGAAGACUCAAUCAUUUCAUAUGACAAGGAUGACACUCUGAAAAAUGCUGGUGAUGAUGUGACAAUUAUGCCCCUUGAAGAUAGCAUUGGUUGUGUUUAUGGUAAAUUAGUUUUGCUUGGUUAUAAUGGGACGCUUGAAAGCAGUAGCACUUAUGCUCAAGGCCGCAAGCAUCGCUCAAAAAUGAUCCUACGCAAACGAUUAAUGGGUAACGGUAUUAAAAAGGAUCAAAGCAUUUCGGUUAGCAUCCCGCCAUCACAAAGUCAGGUAGUGCGCGAUGCUUCACGGCAUGUUGUAUCGUAUUCUUAUAAUCGUAAUCAUACAGUUCUUGUAGAAUAUAGCCCUGAUCCUUAUAAAGAUAUGUUUCAGAUUGGUCGCUCUUCCGAAGAGCAAAUAGAUUUUACUGUUGUGGAUACAUGGCUUGCUGCAAACGCCCUUUACCCAGGAGUUCACAACAUACAUGGAUCGGACAAUGGUGUUAUUGAUCAUUUUGGAGUUGGAAAAGAUUCACGAUGCAAUAUCCAGCGACCAAUAUCUUCAACUAUUAGUCGUUACGCCUGUCGGAUACAAAUUAACCGUGACUAUCCUCAUCGAGCUUUUUUAUAUGCUGCUGGAUUUGACAGUUCCAGAAACAUUUUUCUCGGAGAAAAGGCAACAAAGUGGACAAAAUAUGAUGGCGAAAUUGAUGGUCUUACAACAAAUGGUAUUCUUAUUUUGCAACCAAAUAAUAUGCAAAGACAGGAUCUCGGUCAAAACGUGGAAGAUCAUAUGGGAAUGUUUGUGUGGCGUGAAGUCUCUGUCGAUGGUGACAUCUACAAUAUAAGGGAAACGAGGUCUUCAACAAAACGGGGGGAGUUGUUGGCGGGCGAAACCAAUGAAUUACAGGAUGGGACAUUGAUUGAUCUCUGCGGUGCUACGCUUUUAUGGAGGACGGCUGAAGGAUUGACGAAGAGUCCGUGCCGAAGUGAGCUUGAGUCAAGGCUUAAUGAAAUUAAUGCUGGAAAGCCACAAUGUCCAGUCAAUCUGAAUACCCUUAUUAUCCCAAGGAAAAAGUCAGCAAAAAGUUAUGGUUCUUCCAGACAACCAUAUGUCUAUCUUAAUUGCGGCCAUGUACAAGGCAAGCAUGCAUGGGGCAAAAAUGAUAAAAGUGAGAGCGGGAUUUUGUAUAAAUGCCCUAUAUGUUUGGUGGAUUCUUCUAAAAUAAUUCAGCUAGUUAUGGGAAUGGAAUCAGCAUUCCAUCUUGAUUCGGAUACACUGGACUAUGCUUUCAAUCCAUGUGGACAUGUUGCUUCACUAUCCACUGUGAGGUAUUGGUCUCGCAUUCCCUUGCCGCAUGGCACUAGCAGUUUUCAUCCAGUAUGUCCAUUUUGUACAUCACUGUUAUCAAUGGAUAAACCAUAUGUUAGACUUAUUUUCCAAGAUCAUUGCUCUGAUUCGUAA